AUGGUUUGUAUUAACGAUGCUCAUGCUGCAUUCGCCUCAAGGUUUGCAUUGAUUGAAAGGGAUAGAGCUGUUGCUGCCAAGACUCGAGCAGUUCAUCCAUCAUCCUCUACAACUGUUCAGAAAAGACUUGAGCCAUCCACUUUUAACAAAAGACUUGAUGCAAAGACUGCUGCAACUCUCUUGAAGCAGCAACAACAGACUGGUCAUAAAAUGUCCAAUUCUGCUGCCAGUAUGAUGACCAAGCAAAGUAAUGGUCGUACUAAAGCAUCCAAGACCAUUUCAGUGGUCAAACCCCUUGUAAAGCGUCUUGGACCCAAACCAGGUCCAAUUGAGAAUCGUCUUGGCAAGCGGCUUAUUGACCGGUUAGGUGAUAAACCCACUGCUGCUGGAAAGACUAAAGCUGUAUUACGCUCCAAGAAAGCAGGAAAGGUAUCCAAGACUAUAGUAUCCAACUCGACUCCUAAAAGCAAGACUCGAGGACGUGUUGCUAAUAUUGGCUCAUCCAGUUAUUCUGCAGCAGAUAUGAUGGAUGAUGACGAUUACAAAUUUGGUCAAGCUGCAAUAUAUUAA